UCAUCUUCUUUAGAAGCUUUGAAUCUGAUGUUAUAUCUUUCUUUUCUUCAUUUUUCCCUACUUGGGGCCUAGAGCUGUAAGCCUGAGCUAGGAGCAUAGUAGAAAGACUUAAUAAGAUCUUUGUUUAUCUUAUUAAGGAGGGAGAGGCCUUGGCUAGAAAAGCUUUGUGUUGCUGAGUCAGUAGUGCAAGGGUCAUUCUCAGUGCACAACAGCAGGUCAUAUCAGACCAGAAAUCAUGUCUCCAGGGAGGAAAAGAUGACAGAGUUUGCUUUCCACCGAGUGGGAAAGCUUGGCGUGGGAGGCUAGGUUGGAAUGCGUGUCUACAGAAAUGCACAGGGUAUACACAGGAUGUACCGUUAUCAUGAAGAUUAUAUAGAUGGAGACCAUAGAAAUGGAUGAACAGGUACUGUCAACGAUGCUUGAAAUAUAGAUGGCUAAUUGGUGUCCAUGAAGCUAAGAUGGUGGUUCAAAGGCUGUGAGUGGAAGGAAGGAGACACCUGAGUUUUUGAGAGCUUAAAGUCAAUGAUUGCGUCCCAGUCAAGGAUAAGAUCCAGGUAGUUAAGAGUUGAAAACAACGGUUAGGACAGGAGGCUCCGUGUUUUCAAACCUGAGGACUAAGUUACCUCAGUCUCCAAGCCCCAGCUUUCAAACACACUUUGUUCCAGUGUCUUGCUUGCAGUGCUGUCUCCGCCCACUGGGGGGCGGGGCUCGAGGGCGAGGCUAGUGGCUGUUCAGAAGCCUCGAGAGCUAUCAGUUCCUACCAGACUCCUGCUGGGGGUCCCAUCCACCCCAUGGCCGGGCAGAGGUCUUCAAACGUUUUCCCUCUCCCAGGCAAUAGUGGUGGUGGCCUGGAAGUUGACACCCCAUCAUGGUUGAGCAGCCAGGCAGCAACAAGCAGGUUAAUGGUGCGACCAAGUAUGGGUCCAGGCAUCUGUCCAGGCCCUGAGGUAUGGGGAGUGCCUCUGGGCUCCUCACCUUAUGAAUUCCGAGGUGGGAUAGCACCCUACAGAGCUUGUGAGGCAAGGGCCUGGUCCCAGAGUUCCUCUGAGGAUACCUGCCCAGGACCUUACAUCGCCUUGAGGUACAUGCCAAAUUUGGCACUGCCAGAGGACGUUUCAGCCAUACAGAAAGAGAUGGAGCAGCUAGCCAAGGAACUGAGACAAAAGAGGAUGACCCUGGGUUACUCACAGGCCGAUGUGGGAUUCGCUGUGGGAGCUAUGUUUGGGAAGGUUCUCAGCCAGACGACCAUAUGCCGCUUCGAGGCCCAGCAGCUCAGCCUUGCCAACAUGUGGAAGCUGCGACCCCUGCUGAAAAUGUGGUUAGAGGAAGUAGAUGAGAAGAACCUUCUGGGCAUAUGCAGAAUGGAGAUGAUCCUGCAGCAGGCCCGGAAGCGGAGACGUGCAAGCAGAGAGAGACGCAUUGGGAGCAAUCUGGAAAAACUGUUCUUGCAGUGUCCAGAGCCUACGCCCCAGCAAAUCAGCUAUAUUGCUGGGCGCCUCCGGCUACAGAAAGACCUGGUCCAAGUGUGGUUUUCUAACCGGAGCCAGAUGGGCAGUUGGCCAACCAAUGAUACCUCCCGGAGGGAGAAUGUGGGGGCAACUGGGUCUCCUUUCCCAGGUCCACCAGUGUGCUUUCCCAUGGCACCAGGGCUCCAUUUUGAUUUCCCCCACUAUGAGGGAUCAUGCCUUGCACCCCUGUACUCCUCUACCCCAUUUCCUGUACGAGGAGCCCUUUUGUCUGCCCCAACCACCACUCUGGGCCUCCCCAGGCUGUCAAGCUGAGGGGCCUACCCUGCAGGGGAAUUGCAGGGGAAUAAGAGGCUAGAGAGAAGGAGGUUUUGUUUCAAGGUUAGCGUUCAGUUCUCUGACUUAGUGGGUGUGGGUGGGAGUUAUUUACCGAAGGCUUGGGAGAGAAGUUAAAGAGUUCCACUUGCUUCUUUUUGUUUUUACCUUUGUUUUUCCCCCGGUGUUGGCAUUGCAAUAUCUUUAUGGCUAUAAUGUUUUGUUUCUCUUUUUAUUGUUAAUUAAAGAUGUCCAUUGUUCCUUGUGGUUAUCAGGAAACACAGUCUCUUUAUAAACACAGUAUAAAAUUAGAAGCACAAGUCAUAUAAAACUACUGUACUAGUGUUUAUUAUAAACAAGCAGAACCCUGUCUCAAAAAAAAAAAAAAAAAAAAGCAGAACUUUGUACAAACACAAAAUCCAGGCUAACAGUUACUCCUCAGAGAGGCCCCAAACCAACUGCCCUUUUCAAGUUCUGCUCAGUUGCUAACCUGCUUGGGACUACGGAGUGUUGCUCAAGGGUAAGUACAUACAUGAGCUUCUGCUGUCCUUCUCCUCUAUUCAUCAGUGUUCCAAAGGAUGUGUCAAGGAUAGCUUCAAAGAUACCCGUUAUCACAUUUAGGAAUUUAUUUUCCAAGUUAACUUUGGAUUUUAUUUUUG